AUGUGGGUCCGGCAGGUGCCCUGGUCACGCACUUGGGCUGUGCUACUGUUGAGCUGGCAAUCAGGGUGGCUUCUAGAGGUCCCCAACGAGCCCUGGAAGCCCCUCACCUUUUCCCCAGCCUGGCUCACAGUGUCAGAGGGAGCAAAUGCCACCUUCACCUGCAGUUUCUCCAACUGGUCUGAGGACCUUAUGCUAAACUGGUACCGCCUGAGCCCCAGAAACCAGACUGAAAAACAGGCUGCCUUCUGCAAGGGUUCCAGCCAGCCCGUCCAGGAUGCACGCUUCCAGAUCACACAGCUGCCCAAUGGGCAUGAGUUCCACAUGAACAUCCUUGACACACGGCGCAAUGACAGUGGCAUCUACCUCUGUGGGGCCAUCUCCUUGCCCCACAAGAUACAAAUCAAGGAGAGCCCUGGAGCAGAGCUCGUGGUAACAGAGAGAAUCCUGGAGACCGCAACAAGAUAUCCCAGCCCAUCACCCAGAACACCAGGCCAGUUUCAAGGCUUGGUCAUCGGUAUCAUGAGUGUCCUGGUGGGUGUGCCCCUGUUGCUGCUGCUAGUCUGGGUCCUAGCUGCCUUCUGCUCAACAGGUAUCUCAGAGACCAGAGGAGCUGGAAGCAAAGAGGAGCCUCUGGAGAACCCUUCAGCACCACCUGUCUUCAGUGUGGCCUAUGAGGAGUUGGAGUUCCAGGGACGACAGAAGACUCCAGAGCUCCCUACCUCCUGUGUGCACACAGAAUACGCCACCAUUGUCUUUGCUGAAGGGAUGGGCACCUCAUCCUUAGGGCGUAGGGGCUCAGCUGAUGGCCUGCAGGGUCCCAGGCCUCCAAGGCAUGAGGAUGGACACUGUUCUUGGCCCCUUUGACCAGAUCCUGCAACCAUUAGCAUCCCACGGACCCUUCAUAGAGAGCACAGGUCCCUUCCUCUAUCAAGAGGAACAUGCAGGCUACAAUGCAACACAGACUCCCAGGGCCUGAGCUACCUGGAGUGACAACCCAAAACUUGGACCAGUUCCAAUUCAUGCAUUGUUGAGUGACAGUACUCUAUUGAUUACCAAAAGCUAGAGGCAGCAGGUAUCCCUGUUCCCUAAUGUCCCAAGAUACAGAGCUGGUCUGAGGCAGUAUUUCCUGAAUCCUGUGGCUGGGUACUGCUAGGGGCUUGAGACACUAUAGCCUAUGGCCUCUGGGAAUCCUGUGCCUGGAAAUGGGGAACCUGAUUAGAGACUGACUUUAAGUAGCCUUGUGAGGCAACCCCAUAACAAGGAGGUCCAUCCAGGGACACAGUAAGCAUAGCACAUAAAGAUGCUCUUGAAAGAUACUCAGGUGGGAAAAUCAUAGGCUGGGGGACAUAAUGACCCUGAACUCAUCCCCAAGACCUUGAGAAGGUUUGGUGAAGGCUGUAAAAUCUCCUAUCUUCAGAGGAAGUAUGAGUAUUCACCAGGCAAAAGCUCUGUGAGAGUCCCCCUGUCCUCCUGUUUGCCCAGGUAUGUGCUUUUUCUACAGCAGGGAAACUAAGGCAGUAAAAGGAACCAGUAGAGCUAGAGACCCACCCACAUCUCUGGUGAGGCACUUGACUCUCCCUACUUUCCCCUAGGAACCAAGAGGACAAGGUCUAUGUCAGCAGCAAGGAAGGGAAAGGGGGACACAUAGCUUUGACUCAUACCAGCUGUGACCAUUGUGGGCAGUAAUUCAGGUGUUAGGAUCCACUCAUUCAUUCUUUCCUAGAGUCCAGUUCUGGAUUCCAUUUACACUGCAGGGCCCUGAAAUGGACAACUAUUUUAAGGGUUCCCUUGACACUUAAGACAGUUGAGGUAACAAGAGCCUAGCUAUCUGGUGGACACCCAAAAUGACCAGGGCUUAGGGGUCCCU